AUGGGCGGGACGGCUCUGUGCCUCGUUGUCGCUUCCUGGGUUGGCUCGGCUGGUUCGCUGGGCUGCAGAUGGGCCCCACCGCCGCCUCCGCCCCCGCAUGGGGAAAACCCGAGGACAACGGCCGGUGGCUCCGGUCUCCCACCCGGGAAAUACGACGUCUUCAUCAUCCCCGAACACUCGGCCGGCUCGGGGUUCCUCUACCUACCCUCCCUAAAGCCACAAUGGAACAGCUUCAUUGCUGGUGUUGUGAGCACGCUGGCAGUUGUCAUCAUGUCGAAUCUCGCUAGCCCCGUGGUGACGGCCAUGUUCAACAGCCCCGACAAAACGUGGCCGUUCCUCUGGGUCACAUUGGUGGCAUGUAUCGGCGCUGCGGCUUUCCUUUUGGGUCGACAGCAGAAUGGGUCCUCGGACCAGCAAAAUAGACAAGGCAACAAUCAGUCGGGAGGCCACCAGGGACCGGGAGGAGGAGGAUACGGCAACGGAGCGAGGUCGUCGUGGUACACCCCUCCACCUCAGAAUGGUCCCCCACCAAACCAGGGGCCGCCCCCUCACCAGCCGCCGCCUCAACAUGAGGGCCCCAGAGACGGCGGCGGACACUACCAGUCCUGGCAAGAACAGCCAAGACAGCAACCACAGCCUGAGGCCCAACCCCGACCGCAGCCGCAGCCGCAGCCGCAGCCGCAACCACAAGCUCAACCCCGGCCCCAACCACCGCCGCAACCGCAGCCCCAGCCUCAGCAGGCUCCACCGCCUCAACCGCAGGCUCCACCACCUCAACCGCAGGCUCAACCCAAACCCGAGCCGAAGCCGAAGCCGAAGUCGAAGCCGAAGCCGAAACCGCAAGAACCGAGGCGGGAGGUACCCAAGGAGGCACCCAAAGAGGCACCCAGAGAGGCGCCGAAAGAGGCACCCAAGGAGGCGCCAAAGCCGAAGCCACAACCACCUCCGGAGCCGAAACAACAACCGCAACCGCCCCCGCCUAGACCGACCUCAUCAAAGUCGGAAGCCCCAAGGGGUGCCUGGGAAAAAGCAAGGGAGGAAAUGCGGCGAAGAGAAGAAGAGCGCAAGGUCAAGGAGGCCGAGGCCAAGAAAAAGGAGGACACUGCCCGCCGCCUACGCGAACUUCGUGAGCGGGAGGCCAAGGAGCGUGAUAAGAGGGAAAGGGAGGCCCGGGAGCGCGAUAUCAAGGAGAGACUCCGGCAAGAGCAGGAGGCGAGAGAAAGGGAGCGUCUUGAAAGGGAAGUGCGGGAAAAGAUUGAGAGGGAGCUCCGCGAGAAGGCAGAGCAGGAGGCCAGGGAGCGCGAGGCGCGCGAGCGAGAAACUAGGGAGCGGGAGGCGAGGCUGAGGGAGGAGCAGCGAAAGAGGGACGAGGAACGGGCCCGCCAAGAGAGGGAGCGCCAGGCUGCCCGAGACCGGGAACGGAAAGAACGCGAAGAGCGCCUUGCCCGACUCCGUCAGGAACAAGCAGAAAGGGAAAGGGAGAGGGAGAGGGAGGAGAGGGAGAGGGAAAGGGAGAGGGAGGAAAGGGAGAGGGAAAGGGAAAGGGAAGAGAGGGAGAGGGAAAGGGAGGAGAGGGAGAGGGAGGAGAAGGAGAGGAACGAACGCAAAGGCACCACUUACGCCUACUCCUCCGUCGGCGAAAAGACCAGCAUGUGGCCGAAUGGGAAGCCGCCCAGCGUCGCCCCGUCCCAAGCGGCAUCCACCCCGCCGCCGUCCAAGCCGACACCCUCUCAAUCCCCUCCAUCACCAACGAAACCAGCGCCGUCGGCAACGAGACCCGCUCCGUCGGCGACGAAACCCACCCCGUCGGCAACAAAACCUGCUCCACCGCCGCCAAAACCCGCCCCAUCCCCCACCAAAUCCACCGCCUCGGCGACCGGCACCGAAGACACCUACUCCUACCGCCCCUACGACAAACCCAAGAAGACGCCAGCCCGCAAGACGUCCGUUUCGGACUUUUCCGAAGCCUCCUGGGCCCCGUCCGCCUCAACCGCCCGCACCACUCCGCCGCCCUCCACCCGCGGCCCCUACACCACCAGCGAUCCCCAGAAGAUCAUCAUCAAAGCCGUCUACGGCUACCUCAACCAAUUCUCCAAAACCCCCGCCUCCCAGCUCAUCUCGGGCAUCAACCCGGUCACGGACGGCCUCAUCCUGCGCGUCACGUCGGCGGGCCUCUUCGUCGACGACGACGUCCGCGGCGUCGCCCAGCGCGAGUGGGACGUCAAGGCCUGGACCCUCAAGCUGGUCGAGAUCUGGUGCCCCGUGCACGCCGUCUCGGCCCAGGCCGCCAACACCCCCGGCUCCGCGCCCACCAACCACCCCUUCUUCAAGACCAUGCCGCAGGGCGGGCGCCGCGCGGCGGAGCGCGGCGCCACAAAGACCAUGCUGGGCGAGGAAGCCGUGGGGUACAUCGACGAGUUUGGCCGCGUGUGCGACGGCAACUGCAAGCAGGCCGCCGGCCGCGCUGGCGGUUCGACCGUGAGUGGGGGGAGUGGCAGCAGCACUGAGAAGGGCAAGGGCUUGCAUCUGCUGCGGGCUACGAUUAGGGAUCAGGAGGGCAAGCGCUACCUGUUUGUCAUUGAUGAGAGCGAGGCCUGGAAGAUUGCUGGCGGCUUGGCGGCGCUCCGUGGGAGUAGCCAGGUAAGGGCGCUUGGGGUUGCUGGCUUUAGUGGCUUGGAGUCCAAGACGUUGCUGGAUACCCUCGGGUGGACGGCGUGAGUCGUCCUUCUUGGGCCGGGCAGGGGAGCGAAUGAAGAGGGGGAGGGGGUGGGCCGCG